CGAGGGGGCAGUUCUCUAUAACGCGGUCUCCGGGAGCCAGCGGGGAAGAAAGAAGCCGAGCGGGCGGAAGGCGCCCUCCCCGCCGCCUGGGCCCGGGCACCGGGUGCCGGGCCCGGGGUCCUUCCCGCCUCCCGCGGCUGCCGGCCGCUUUGUUUCCCCCGCCUUUGCGUUUCGGGCGACUGGAGAGGGGCUCCUGCCGGGGCUGCGCAGGGAACGCGGCGGCAGGAAGGGCGGCCGACCGCGCCGGGACACGCAGGGACCCAGGAGUCCGGCCGCCGGGAGGGCCGCGUGACGAGAUCGAAGAGGGAGCCGGAGCUCUGCGGCCCCGGGUUGCGGGCCGGGGGCUCCCGUGAGCAGAGACCUCCCCGUCGAGGGGGGGCGAUGUUCCCCUCGCCCGUGGGCUUUACGGGCAGCCAGGGCAUCCCGCCGUUGGGACCCGGGCCCCCUCAGUGGGCAUACCCUCAGGCUGCUCUAUGGAGACUCUGUGCCCCGCUCCCCGCCUGGCAGUGCCGGCGUCCCCACGAGGGUCGCCCUGCUCCCCCACACCCCGGAAGCUGCGUCGGGGGACCCAGGAGUUCUCUCCGCUGUGCCUGCGUGCCCUUGCCUUCUAUGCCCUUGCCAAACCUCGGGCGUCCUCUCUGGACCUGGGGCCUGGGGAGCUGGCGGCGCGGGCCCCGGUGCUGCUGGGCCCUCGCGCCCCCCUGUGCACUGGCGGCUGGGCCCCGGAUGGCCUGAAGCACCUAGGGGGACAGGCCGGGCCGUCCAGCGAUUCGAACUCCCCGGCCACCGAGGAUGCCGACGACGUCGCAGUGUACCCGGGCGCUGGAGAGGAGGAAGAGGGCGGAGGCAGUUUCCCGCACUUCGGCGCUCGCUCCUGUGCACCUCCGGGCCGCUGCCCGGAGCCCCGGCGCCCUCGGGAAUCUACGACCUUCUUCGCCUUGUCCCCGCCUAGGCCAGCCCCAGGUCUCGAGCCCCAGCCUGGCCCAGCCGCCAGCCCGCCUCGGGAGCCCAGUUCCCGGCCUCCGUCGCCACCUGUGGGCCUCUCCACCGAGCCCGCAGGUCCCGGGGCGGCGCCGGAGCAGUCCCUGCCGAGCCAGACAGCCGCAGUCGAUGGAAACCCCCCGCCAGCCGCCCCCGAGGCACCAGCCACUAGUCCCUCGACGGCCAGCACAGCUCCGGCCGCGCCGGGCGAUCUCCGCCAGGAACAUUUCGAUCGCCUGAUCCGCCGGUCUAAACUUUGGUGUUAUGCGAAGGGCUUCGCCCUGGACACUCCUAGUUUGCGUCGGGGGCCUGAGAGGCCGCCAGCGAAAGGGCACGCCCGGGGAGCCGCCAAGAAGCGUAGGCGGCCGACGCCCCCUCAGCGCAGCGCGCAGCCCCGCCGUCCUGCGCCCACGCUCCCCACCUCGAGCACCUUCAGCCUCCUCGACUGCUUCCCCUGCCCCCCGGCCCUGGUGGUGGGGGAGGACGGAGAUUUAGGGCCGGCAUCCUCGCUUCGCCUCCAGGGAGACUCUAAGCCCCCUCCUGCCCAUCCGCUGUGGAGGUGGCAGAUGGGGGGCCCUGCUGUCCCUGAGCCCCCUGGCCUCAAAUUCUGGGGGAUCAAUGUGUAGGAACUCUGAGCGUGUGACCUGUUCUGCCAAGGGGGGAAGUUGGGACCAUGGCCAAACUACCGGCUCGAGGAGAGAGCCCCGUUCCUCACGUUUGUCUAUCCCCUUCCUUUACGUUUUAUGGGCUGUGGACAGAGGGACUUCAAAUGACAGUGAUCUUCAAGCACCUAAGUGGUUGGGGUGACAUUCCCUCCCCUCAUCCUUUGCAGAGGAACCGAGGGCUGGAGUCAGGAGGCUUAACUGAAAAAAGCUGAAUGACACAGAUUCCUAUCCCUCCCCCCUUCUUGGAUCUCUGGGGGCAGGGCCUUCACCCCAGUGGCAGUAAAGGAGGCCACCACUUAAAGACCAAAAAAAGGGGGGUGGGAGAGGAGAGACCUCGGUGAUGGACAAACCGGUUGUUUCUGUGUCUGUGGGAGCCUAGGGGUGUGGGGGUUGUGGUGGGGGUGGGGAGGUGAUUGGCAGCUCCCUGGGGGUAUCCCCCACCCCCACCGUCCAGGCCUUUAACCCUUUGAUUCCCUCAGGCCUUCCCUAGCCUCCUAGCACCACCUGAGCCUUAAUGGGGGAGGGAGCAGUUUGGGCAAGGGGAAGAUCACCCCCAUCCUGUUCUCUUUCUAGGCGCCCCCCAGCUCAAGUGACCCCUAAUUGGUGAGAUCUUCAGUCUCAGCCAGUAACCUUUCCUUUUUCUCCAGUUUUGGAGUUUCCUCCAAUUUUCCCUGUUUGCUUUCAGUUUAUAAGGUCUGGUGGGUAAAAGAGACUCCCCCCCAACCCCUUGAUUAAUCAGCUCCCUCCUCCAGUUUACUCCUCACUCUUAAGGGCUGAGGGACCUUUUCCUGGGAAAGUGCAGACUUUGCUGGGAGAAGGGGCAAGAGACUGUCCCAGGGAAAGUAAUGGAAGGUGGAAGAAAUCAAUAAAAUCAGACCAAACAAGUCGC